CGUACAUUAUGCUGCACGGCACGAUGUCAUCACCGAGAUAAUUUCUUUCAUGUAUAGAGUAUAAAAGUAGACGAGGAGCAUUAGUGUGCAAUGACCCAGCGAGUCCUAUUGAGAAUUUGAGCACUCUGCCAGUUUGGAGUUUGGUCAGCUGAGAGCUUGCAGGUGAACAGCUGGUUGCAGCAGGCUGCCAUGGCCGAGGAGGCCGCGCCCCACGUCCUCCUCAUCUGCUACCCGGGCCAGGGCCACAUCAACCCCAUGCUCCGCCUCGCCAAGCGCAUCGCCGCCAAGGGCCUCCUCGUCACCUGCUCCACCUUCUCCUUCGUCCGCAACAAGCUCAGCGCCGCUUCGGGGGUGUCGGCCGGCGGCGACGGCGUGCCCGUUGGCCGCGGCCGCAUCCGGUUCGACUUCCUGGACGACCAUUUCGACGGGACGGAGCUGGACCUGGACGACUUCAUGCGGCACCUCGAGACGGCCGGGCGGCUGGCUCUGGCCGACCUGCUCCGGCGCCAGGCGGAGGCGGGGCGGCCGGUGGCGUGCGUCGUCGGGAACCCGUUCCUGCCGUGGGCGACCGACGUCGCCGCUGACGCCGGCAUUACCACGGCGGUGCUGUGGGUGCAGUCGUGCGCGGUGUUCUCGAUCUAUUACCACUUCGUGCACGGGCUCGCUGAGUUCCCGCGUGAGGACGACCUCGACGCGCGGUUCGCGCUCCCGGGCCUCCCGGGCCUGUCCCUCGCCGACGUGCCGUCGUUCCUGCUCCCGUCGCACCCGUACAGGAUUCUCGGCGACACGAUACAGGACCAGUUCCGAAACAUGGGCAGGGCGUCGUGGGUGUUCGUCAACUCCUUCGCCGAGCUCGAGCGCGACGUGGUCGCCGCGCUCCCGAGCGUCACGCCGCGCCCGCCGGAGCUCAUCCCUGUGGGUCCGCUAGUCGAGCUCGGGGGCCCGGACGACGAUGACGCGGUGGCAGUGCGCGGCGACCUGAUCAAGGCGGCAGACGACUGCGUGGCGUGGCUGGAUGCGCAGGCGCCGCGCUCCGUCGUGUACGCGUCGUUGGGUAGCAUCGUCAUGCUCUCCGCCGAGGCGGUCGCCGAGAUGGCGCACGGUCUCGCGUCCACCGGUCGGCCCUUCCUGUGGGUGGUGCGGCCGGAUACCCAGCCGCUGCUCCCGGAGGGAUUCUUGGACGCCGCCGCCGGCGGCCGCGGCAUGGUCGUGCCGUGGAGCCCGCAGGACCGCGUGCUGGAGCACCCCGCCGUCGCGUGCUUCCUGACGCACUGCGGGUGGAACUCCACGCUCGAGACGGUCGCCGCCGGCGUGCCAGUGGUGGCCUUCCCACAGUGGGGCGACCAGUGCACGGACGCCAAGUUCCUCGUCGAUGAGCUCAGGAUGGGCGUCCACCUCCGCGCCCCGCUGCGGCGGGAGGGUGUGCGUGAGGCCGUGGACGCGGUCACGACCGGGCCGGAGGCCGACGCCAUGCUCGCCAACGCCAAGUCGUGGAGCGCGGCGGCGCGGGACGCAGUGGCGCCCGGUGGGUCGUCGGACCGGCACGUGCAGGCGUUUGUCAACGAAGUAACGGGGCGAGCGUGCGGAGGGCAAGCAAAAGCAUCUGCCGUUUAUUAAAGUGUCCAACCAUACCUUAAUUACAAGUGGUGCUAUUUUCCCGAC